ACGGCCCGGCAGCCUGCGCGGCCUGCCCGCUGCGCCGCUCCGGCUGCUGCGUGCGGCGUGUUGGCGCUGCGUGGCUCCCCGUUUCGCUUUGAAAGUCGGGGGGUGGGACUGCGGGGACUUCUGCGAGUGGAGCCGGGCUGCUGUGCUGCCUGUGCGUGGAGAGAGUGCAAGCGGGGAGUUGGUGGAACUUGGGCUGCCCCAGUGGGACGUGAAGGACCGGGACGCAGAGCGGGAGAGCGCUCAGUUCCCUCCCGGCUCCUGCAGCGCGCAGGAUCAUCGACAAGGAGAUUAAUCCCUUUGUGGACAAAUGGGAAGAAGAAGGACAGUUCCCAGCACAUAAAGUGUUUAAAACCCUGGGCCAAGCUGGAUUCCUUGGUGUGGAUAAGCCAACAGAAUAUGGUGGAAUGGGCUUGGACUUCUCCUAUAGCAUUGCAGUGGCAGAGGAGCUGGGAAGUAUCCGGUGUGGAGGUAUCCCUAUGGCUAUUGGAGUGCAAGCUGGUAUGGCCACUCCUGCGCUAACAAGAUUUGGUUCUGAUGAGUUGAAAAAACAGUUCCUCACACCAACUAUAUCUGGAGAUCUUGUGGCAUGUUUGGGAAUCAGCGAAGCUGGAGCUGGAUCAGAUGUUGCAAGUAUCAAGACAACAGCUGUGAGAAAAGGUGAUGAAUAUGUCGUAAAUGGUGGUAAGAUGUGGACUACAUCUGGGUGCCAAGCAGACUGGAUGUGCCUGCUGGCGAAUACAAGUGAAGGGCAUCCCCAUCAAAAUAAAUCUCUCAUAUGUCUGCCAAUGAAUCUACCUGGCAUUCACAUUACUAAGAAAAUAGACAAACUGGGCAUGAGGUCAUCGGACACAGCUCAGAUCUUUUUUGAAGACGUAAGAGUCCCUAGCAAAAACCUAAUUGGUGAGGAAGGAAUGGGUUUUACGUAUCAGAUGUUGCAAUUCCAAGAAGAGCGGCUGUGGGGAGUAGCCACUGUCUUGACACCACUGGAAACGAUAAUACAAGAAACCAUUGACUACACUCGCCAGCGGAAAGUGUUUGGCCAGUCCGUGCUGCAGAACCAGGUUGUACAUUUCCGCCUGGCAGAGCUGGCAACUGAAGUGGAGCUGCUUCGCUCGUUGCUGUACCGUACCAUUGGUGAGUUCCCAUGUCUGCCUCCUCAGAUGUGCUUUUUGCAAUGCAAAGAACAGUGUCAGGCUGAAGGAAUAUGGGGAGAUGGUUUCCAGACUGUGGUCAGUGACUAUGUGUAUGUAACUGUUCUUUUUUCCUUUUUAGCUCUCUACGUUGAAGGCAAUGAUGUGACCAAAUUUGCUUCCAUGGCUAAGCUAAAGGCAGGUCGCCUGGCCCGUGAAGUCACUGACAGCUGUCUCCAGUUUUGGGGAGGAAUGGGAUUCACCAGUGAGGUUCUAGUGAGCAGAUUUUACAGGGAUUUGAGACUGCUGUCAAUAGGUGGUGGUACAGAUGAAACCAUGCUUUCUAUUAUAUGCAAAUAUAUGGAAACACUUCCAAGGAAAUAACACAGCUGCACUCUUCCUCAGAAACUUAAGAAAGCAAGAUCAUGGUUAUUACUGCAUCCUGAUGGCAACAGGCAAUGUGAUCCAAAUGUGUAAGAAAUAGGAAUGGUAUUUAUAAAAUAACAGUAAAUUUUGCAGGAAAAUACUUGUCAGAGUGUUUUUGACCAAUAUCAUGAUGCACGUUCACCAGUAUCAAAUUAAUGUUAAUGCCUGCAAGAUUUUUUUCCAUUUUUAGUGAUUUACAGCUUUGAGGGCUCUGGUGAUCCAUGCUAAAGAAAUCUCAUCUUCUUCAAUCAAGGUACAGCAGUAUCUUAGAUCAUCUAUGCAACCAAAUAAGAAACGCAACUUUCACAUGGGUCCAGGAUAAUUUCAGUAGUAGAACAAUCUAAUUUCACUUAACUUUGCUUUCAAGUCACAAAUUAUUUUUUCCUUAUCCACUUGAUAUUCAUGCACCGGAACAGUGGUUUUGUUCUCAGUUCCCAGUGUCAUCCAUCUCUCUCACUUUUAGCAAGUAAACAUCAAAAUUAGUACGUUCAGCAAAACCAAGUCAAAAAUCACAAGCCCCCCAAUCCAGUCACCAUUACCUUCUCACUCUUGUGCUGCACGCUGACACAGAUGUUUGGUGGUAGGACUGGAGGCAGAUUUUUAUUUUAGAAUACUGCAAACAAUAGCUUAAUUGUACUUGAAACUUUUGGAGGCCUGAAUUUCAGUAGUAAGGUUUCACAUUUUAUGUGUAAUUAUGAAUGAAAAACAUACAAGCGUUUAACAUGAAAAUUGUAAUCAGUUAAAUGAGACUGUAAAAUGUGCAUGUCACGGUCGAGUUGAAGCAGAAGUGUAAUAAA